CGACGAACAAUUAAAAAAAAAAAAAGCUCACCACGAUCGUCCCUCUCCUUGGAAGAUACAAUGUGGUUUUGAUCAUUGACUGAUCUUGGUUCUUUGCGAUUCAUUAUCAUCAUCAAUCAUGGACAACAUUGCCGCGCAGUUGAAGCGUGGGAUAUCGAGACAAUUCUCGACAGGAUCAAUGAGACGAACAUUAAGCCGACAAUUCACGCGCCAAAAUUCUCUCGAUCCACGGCGUAACAACAUGAGAUUCAGCUUCGGUCGUCAAUCUUCGCUUGAUCCGAUCAGACGUAGUCCUGAGUCUCUUAGCUGCGAGCCGCAUAUGUCUGUCCCCGAGAAUCUUGAUUCGACGAUGCAGCUUCUCUUUAUGGCGAGUAAAGGUGAUGUUAAUGGCGUUGAGGAGCUGCUUAAUGAAGGAAUAGAUGUGAAUAGCAUUGAUCUUGAUGGUCGUACUGCUCUUCACAUUGCUUCCUGUGAAGGUCAUUAUGAUGUUGUUAAGGUUCUUCUUAGCCGGAGAGCUAAUAUCGAUGCUCGUGAUCGUUGGGGUAGUACGGCGGCUGUUGAUGCAAAGUAUUAUGGGAAUGUUGAAGUUUAUAAUCUCUUGAAAGCUCGAGGCGCUAAAGCUCCGAAAACUAGAAAGACUCCAAUGACGGUAGGGAAUCCAAAAGAAGUUCCUGAGUAUGAGCUUAAUCCACUCGAGCUGCAAGUCCGAAAAGUUGAUGGCAUUUCAAAGGGAACUUAUCAAGUUGCUAAAUGGAAUGGCACGCGAGUCUCAGUAAAAAUAUUCGAUAAAGAUAGCUAUUCAGAUCCUGAACGAGUAAAUGCUUUCACAAACGAAUUGACUUUGCUAGCAAAAGCUCGGCAUCCAAAUAUUGUUCAAUUUGUUGGAGCCGUCACUCAAAAUCUACCGAUGAUGAUUGUAGUUGAGUGUAAUCCAAAAGGUGAUCUAAGUGUCUAUCUUCAAAAGAAAGGUCGUCUUUCUCCUUCAAAAGCUCUGAGAUUUGCUCUUGAUAUUGCUAGAGGAAUGAACUACCUCCAUGAAUGUAAACCAGAUCCGAUCAUCCACUGCGAGUUAAUGCCAAAAAAUAUUUUGCUAGAUAGAGGAGGGCAAUUGAAGAUCUCUGGUUUUGGUUUGAUAAAGUUGUCAAAGAUUGGAGAAGACAGUGCAAAAGUAGUGAACCACGAAGCUCAAAUCGAUAAGUCAAAUUACUAUAUAGCACCCGAAAUUUACAAAGAUGAAGUCUUCGAUAAAAGGGCUGAUGUGCAUUCGUUUGGUGUCAUUUUGUACGAGUUGACCGAGGGAGUAUCUUUAUUCCAUCCUAAACCACCUGAAGAGGUUGCAGAAUCGAUUUGUAUAGAAGGUAAAAGACCAACAAUCAGAACAAAGUCAAAGAGUUACCCUCCGGAAUUGAAAGAGUUGAUUGAGGAAUGCUGGCAUCCAGAAAUCAGUGUGAGGCCAAUAUUCUCUGAGAUUAUUAUUCGGCUCGACAAGAUAGUUACAAACUGUUCCAAGCAGGGUUGGUGGAAAGACACAUUUAAGUUCCCUUGGAAAUGAAAUGGAAAUAUUGAAUCAAUCCAAUCAAAUCUUAAACUUAAACCCCAAAGAUGAAGAAAAAACAAGAUGAGAGUGAGAUUUUGCAGAAGACUCAAGAAGAUUCACAAACUCAUUUGCUUUGUAGAAACAGAAGAUCACUUUUUUGUUUUCAUGUUUGUUUGUUUAAUAUCAUAAGUUUUUGAGUUAUUUGUAAAGUUAUAUUUUAUGAUAAACAUCACUUGUUCAUACUGAAAUUGGAAGCACAUUUUAAUUUCUAGAUAAGAGUCUUAUCAUAAGAGGUGCCGGAGGGAAUGGAUACAAAAAGAAAUAGUAGUUGUCGGAAGUAUUAUCUCAAGUUGAAGGCAAUUAUCAAAUCCAAA